AUGACAGCUGGAACUGUUGUCAUAACCGGAGGAAUACUGGCCACAGUGAUACUUCUGUGUAUCAUAGCUGUGCUCUGUUACUGUAGACUCCAGUACUACUGCUGUAAGAAGAAUGGGUCUGACAGUGCCUCCAUCUCUCAGCAACACUUUGCCUGCAACGCCUGCAGUGUUUCCGGCCUGGACGGGUCGAUCAUCACCCCACUGUCCAUGUCGCCACCAGAGCCGCCCGGAUCCUCCGACCCCUCCAAACCCACAGGGGGGCAACGCAGUUACUGCCCCACCUGCUCGCCCUAUGACUCGCCCUUCUACAUCCGUACCACUGAUGAAAUGCGCAAUGGUGGCGAGCGCAUCACCUACAUGCCCACACACUAUGAGAACCAGGCGCUGGCGAUGCCGCUGCCCACCGUCCGAGGCUCCCUGCUGAGAGAGACCCAGCGAGGACGGCCUCCCGAUUUCUACACCAACACCCGAGCCAUCAGCACCGAGGUGUGACCACCCUAGAACCCCUCCAACACCACCCAUACACACAGAGACACUACUAUCUUCACUUACACACACACCAGCACCACCACUAACAAGACCACAACAAUCAUUUUGACACCUAUUGCACCUACCAGUGAGGAUCUGUUGAGAAAAGGCUCGCUGGUAGUGGAGGUUACA